GCUUCGUUGACUUUAAUUUACCUAACGUUUGUUAAAACCUCAUCUAAUAGUCCACAGAAAGAAAUUCCCCCUCGUAUGCAGGAUGUAAUCAUUUUGGCUCUGUUGCGUGCUCGUCUUACUGGCCGUUAUCCGGUUUACCGCUAUGUAUGCAUUGAAUCUACCAACAACUUUCCCACAGCCGCUGGAUUGGCUUCUAGUGCUUCCGGUCUGGCAGCGCUUGCAUUCGGCUUGGCCCAACUAUAUAGAUUGGAUGGUGAUGUCACCGAACUUGCCCGUCGUGGAUCCGGAUCCUCGUGUCGCAGUAUGAAAGGUGGAAUUGUCCAUUGGGUCACCAGUGCCACAGAACAGGUUCUGAUUUGUGUGGUAUGUCUUCGUACCAUUAUCUUGACUAACGCAACUGCAAAACUUGUCGGAUCCACUCAAGGCAUGCAGCGUACGCUGGUUACGAGCUCCCUGUUCAGGCACGGUCGAAUCCUGUCGAGUAGAGAAAAUGAAAAAGAACUGCUGUCAGCUCUUGCCACCAAGGAUUUUCCGUCCCUUGCCUGUGUUACCAUGAAAGAGAGCAACCAACUGCAUGCAGUUUGCUUGGACACCUGGCCACCGUGCGUGUAUUUGAACGAGUUCAGCUUUGCACUCAUUCAUUGGGUUCACAAAAUUAAUGAGAAGUUUGGCCGAGUACUUGUGAAAAGUUCCACGAUUUGUUCCUGGCCGAACAAUUGUCUGGUUGCCCAGGCCGUGGCAGGAAGCCUAACGCGGCCUAUGUGA